AAUUGAUUUAAAUAUUUUAUAAAUAGAAUCUUAUAAUUUAAAAAAUGUUAAUCAUUCUCACAAUUUUGGAAAAAACAUCAUUAAUUCUAGCCAACUACAACUCUGAACUAGAAAUUUGUAAUCCCAUAUCAACAGUAUAUUACAGUAAGUGCUACCAUGCUGCCAUUUGACAUUUUUUAGUGAAUGUUUGUAUAGCAAUCUGACCUACUCUUGAACAAUGCCUCCCUCUCCCUCCGGACAAUCCCUUAGUCAUGUGGAGACGUCACAUAAUCAGUGUUCUAUGACCUGGUAGUUUGGUUGGAGCUCUCCUGUGAUCCUUAGACACACCUGAAAGAAUCAGAAAAGCAAGUAUGUAAACAUAGCAAGCUAAUUUUUUUAGGCCAAAAAAAGGGAUGUAAGCUGAAUAAUAGAUACCUUCGAAAUGAAUACUCAUCUGACACUUUCAAGUUGCCAAACAUGAGUGGAACAUGUCCAAAAUUACAGCAGUUAACAUAUACACCAGCAUCCAAGGUUUUGGGAUCAUUACAAUUUUCAUCAUACAUUUUCAAGGCAUUAACAAAUAUCAUUAAUAUGUAAACUGAAUGAUAAGGUUGAUAUCUGGGUAAAAUAGAGGAUGACUGAAGAAUACUUCUUGUUGUCAAAGGUAUCCUAUGAUACAUAUAAGUGUUCAAGAGAGCUGUCAAAGUCAGUGAUAGGCUGCCAGCUACUGUUCCCAUCUCAACCCUCGUCUCCAGGGACAGAAUCAUGAAGCAGAGAUGAUGGGGAGUGAUUUACAUGUUUAGUCUGUAGAAAAAAAGUGUCUGGGGACACGUUGUGUAAAGUGAGCUAGAUGGAGAGUUCUUCAGCGUCUAAGUCUCAGAGAAUACAGGCUAGAUGUAGGUUGACCACAUUAACUAGGCUUAGUUUAGUUGGCUAAACUACUUGGAUACUAAUUACCAAAUGAGUUAAGAGUAACUGUAACUCAGAAAUCUCUGGAUAAUUUGGACUGGAGAAUAAGCACAUGUUCUGUUCAGAACUAUCCUUGUGUAGCAUUUAAUGAAGUGGUCCUGUAAGAACAGCACUGCAGAUUUGGCCUCUCUUUGCACUGAAAAGAAGGGUCAGCCGAUCCCUCACGGGUCAGAAGACAGUUACAUCACCGUGACUGACCGACCGGGCCAGGGGCCUCCAUGAAGGGCCACACGCCUCCGCCCUCAGCAACAACCACAACAAAUAAAGUGUGAGAGAUGAAGGCAAUUCAAGUUCAAGACCUCAUCCUGGGACAAACUGUUCUGCGGAAGAACAGAACAAACAAAUAAAGGUUGAGAUUUUUCCAUAAAAUCACAAGACUAAAGAAUGAGACAGUUAGGGUGGAGCAAAAGUAUGUGUCCAAUUCCACAUUGUAUCUAUCCCAAAUACUCUGCAAUAUUGCAAUUGUUUUAAUAGAAUAUUGAAAUAUAGGUUGUAAUAGAAUAACAGGAUAUUGAUAAAAGAUUAAUCUAAAUAUAUUAACUACAGAUUAUAAAGUACUGAAUUAAGCUAGAUGUUAACACAUGCAAAUGCUGUAGCACACGAUGGAUGGUGGGGUCAUGAAACCAUUUUAUGCUAAUAUACUGUAUUUCUUUCAUACUGCCAUAUACUGUCUUAAGGCACAUAAAAAAUAAACCUGAGUUCAAAAGUAUUGAGAUCAGUAAAUUAAGAAAAUGGAUUCGUUUAUUCAGCAAGGAUGCAUUAAAUUGAUCAAAAGUAAAAGAUUUUGUUUCAAUUUAAAAAACGCUGUUCUUUUAAACUAUAUGUUAAUCAAAGAACCAUGAAAACACGUAUUCACUAAAAUUAAGCAGCUCAACAGUUUUCAAAAUGAUCAACCCCGCGUUUGGACCAGUAGUGCAUGUAGUUUUGAUUUGGACCAAUAGGCAAUCAGCAAGCAACAGGCUAAAAAAACCCCACACAAAACACCUUAGCAAACCAAAUAGCAAUGAGCCGACAACCACUCACAACACCUAAGCAUCAUAACAGCAAGUUUUGUAGCCGGCACCACUCUUCGGUAAAUGCACAACUAGUCAUCAGUUUACUUUGGUUGCUGUGCUGUUAUGGCCUCAUGCAAAAGCUUGAGGCGUUUGGCUUUGAACUUGCAGCUUUUGAUGUUCUGAAGCAUAAAUGUAAAAAUGAGGUGUGUGUGUGUUCAAUCACUUCGUCAGUAAAAAAAAAAAAAAAGUUUCUAAAUAUAUUUUUAACUAGCAAGCCUCCUUUUUGUUAGCGCAAACCAGCACUAAAAACAUCCCUAAUCCCAGUCCCUUUUCUGCAAGAAAAUCUUAAAUAUCUUGCUUUUAAUGGAAAUCUUGCUUUUACCAACUUGUCCAUGUCAUCCUAUGUUUGCCUUCCACUUCAACAGACGUUUGCUUUUUUAACAGUGUGUCAAUGUGCCAAACCAGUUUUAUCAUGUGAUCAGUGAGUUGGUCUUAGCAGGCUUGCAGAAAAAAACGAAGGCUGUGUAGCAACAACAGUGGCUUGCUUCAGUAGUUUAAUAAACUGUAGGCUCAAUCAAUAAGGUCGUGUUUACACUCCAGUUUUCUCAGUCUGUUUGGGAGCUGGAGCAGGACGCGCUGUCUGUGGGGGGCCAACGGAAUGAAGAGUGGAGACGAGGAGACGUGCAAUGAAAACAGAAGUCCUGGAAGGGAGGGAUGGAUGAAAACAAGUUGAUAGAAGGAAAAGAGAUGAGCAGAGAAACAGCUUUCAUAUGGGGGAGGAGUGCGAAUGGUAGCAAUCUUCAGUUUGUUUUUAUCUGAUCGGAUCCUGAAGGCUGCGAGGGUGGUGUACAGCACUCUUAUGGAGCGUAACCCAGGCCUGAUAAGAGACAGAAAACACCAUCUUAAGACCUACAGACAGUGCUGCAGUGGGAAGGAACUUGUGGAUUGGCUAAUGAAGCUCAAUGAUUGCUUCCAGUCCAGAAGUCAGGCAGUCGGAAUGUGGCAAGUUUUGGUGGAUGAGGGCAUUCUGAGUCAUGUAAAACAGGAGUUAAACUACCAAGACAAAGACACACAGUUUUACCGCUUUAUGGAGGAGUUUGACCUUAAUCACACAACUAACGAGAAAGACUCCAAAGACGACGAACUCCAAGAGAGUUUAUCGCUCCUGGUCCAGAUGGGUCCAGAUGCUCUUCUGACUAUGAUACUACGUAAAUGCCCAAACCAGAGAACUCCAGAGGAUCUGGAAGUUAUUUACGAAGAACUUCUGCAUUUCAAAGCUGUGGCCCACUUGUCUACAUCUGUUCGGAAGGAGCUGGCAGCAGUGUUGGUUUUUGAAAGCCAUGCCAAAGCGGGAACAGUCUUAUUCAAUCAGGGGGACAAAGGAACAUCCUGGUAUAUCAUAUGGAGAGGAUCUGUUAAUGUUAUCACACACGGCAAGGGCUUGGUGACCACGCUUCAUGAGGGAGAUGACUUUGGGCAGCUGGCCUUGGUGAACGACGCCCCUCGUUCAGCCACCAUCAUCCUGAGAGAGGACAACUGCCACUUCCUGCGAGUGGACAAGCAGGACUUUAUACGUAUCCUUAAGGAUGUUGAGGCCAACACUGUCCGUCUGGAGGAACAUGGUCAAGUCGUUCUGGUUCACCUGUCCACCUAUCUGGGAGGAUCAGCAAGCAGCAGCAAGUACACAGUAAUGUCAGGAACGCCAGAGAAGAUCCUAGAACACAUGCUGGACACGAUUAAACUGGAAACCAAUGGCGCUGAUUUUAUAGAUCCCAGUGUGACUGACUUCCUCUUAACACAUCCAGUCUUCAUGCCCUGCAGUCAGCUCUGUGCGGCCCUCCAGCAUCACUACCAAGUGGAGCCAUCAGAAGGUACAGACCUGGAGAAGACGGCAUAUGCUCUCAACACCAAGCAGAAGGUUGUCAAACUAGUGGCUCACUGGGUGGCUCUGUACGGUCCGCUACUGAGGGACAAUCCUGUGGCUUCUGAAUUCCUAGAGAACUUAAGGGAAGCGGUGAUGGCUGACUCGAGACUUUCCAGCAUGCUCAGAGAACAGCUGAGGGACAGGAGAAAGACAAAAAUAACUGAGAAUGGAUGUCACAAUCUGACGAAGCUGAACCAAAAGUUUGAUUGGUUUUCUGCUUACGAAGAGCCGGUGGGGAAAUUACGGUCGAUUAAAGCUCAAGAUAAAGUCCUGUAUGAGAUCUUUAAACUGGAUCAGAAGUCUGUCACUGUGAUGCUGCCGGUCGAUGCUUCAGUGAAUGACAUCUUGACUACAUUAGUGGAUCCUGAGAGAGACUAUGUGCUAGUCAAGAUGAAUUCCUCAGGAGACAGGGUUCAGCUGAAGUUGGAGACCACGGCGGUCUCUGCCUCUUUAGGAGUGAAUGAGAAGCUUUUCCUCUGCUCUGCCAGCCAAGUGGAACAACUGACACCCGUGAAAGAGCAGCUAGGGCCAGAGAAGAGCACCAUGGACUCUCUGGAGCAGAUGUGCUCCAAGGACAUGGCCAGCCAGCACACCAGCUAUGAUUGGGAGCUCUUCACAGCCAUGCACGAGGUGGAGCUGGUCUACUAUGUUUUUGGGCGGGAAAAGUUCCAAGGAGCCACGACGGCUAACCUUGAGCGGUUUGUGCGUCGCUUCAACGAGACUCAGUACUGGGUGGUGACAGAGCUGUGUCUCUGUGAGGAUCUGGUCAAGAGAGCCAUUCUGCUCAAGAAGUUCAUCAAGAUGGCUGUUGUAUUUAAAGAGCUGAAGAACCUGAACUCGUUUUUCGCAGUGAUGUUCGGACUCAGUAACAGUGCUGUGCAGAGGCUCAAUAAAACAUGGGAGAGACUUCCAAACAAAACCAAGAGGAUCUACUGUGCAUAUGAAAGACUGAUGGAUCCGUCCCGUAACCACAGGGCCUACAGACUGGCUGUAGCCAAACUCAGCCCUCCAUACAUUCCCUUCAUGCCUCUAUUGCUUAAAGAUAUGACAUUUAUCCAUGAGGGAAACAAGAACUACACUGACAAACUGGUCAACUUUGAGAAAAUGCGCAUGAUUGCCAGAACAGUGAAGACAGUGCGAGAGUGUCGAAGUCAACCUUACGGUAUGGCUCCCCCUAGUGGUGUGGAUCACAGGACACCAAAGUUGCCUUCAUCUCCACCGAAAGGCUUGACGGAAAGAAUGUUCUCGGAAACCCAAGCUAUUCGAUUAUCAACAUAUUCAGACCAGUCGUUGACCCUGCGCAAUGCAGCCAACAUAAGACAAUACAUCCAGAACCUCAGAGUGAUUGACAAUCAGAAGAAACUAACUCAGCUCUCCAGAGCCAUAGAGCGCUGAGCUGCCGCAAAACUGCCUUUCUUCAGCCCAUCCUGCUCCAUAUUGGAGAACAAAAGCGAUUGAUGAUAAUCCAUGAUCACCCUAUGUGUGGUUAAUUGGUGUAAAUUCUGACAAACGUCGUCAGUCAGUGCUGCGUGGACUGUGCGAAGCCGAGCACUGGCUUGGAAAAUGCUGACAAGGGAAAAUUUCCUUAUGAUGCCUUAUCAGAAGUGUUCUGAUCUGUCUGCUGUGACUAACAUGUGAUGUAUCUGACACACUACACCACGAGCGAAGAAUUUUAACCUCAGUGCUGCUGGCAUUAGCUGUUAAAAAUGACAGUGUUGAUUUCGAUGACAGCUCUGUAUCUCUUCGCCACGUUCUGUCUAAACAAGCAACAUUGGCUUGGGCUGUUUUUAGAAGCAUGAUGUGGUGUAAAGACGUUGUUUUAGGGACAAACCUGAACAGUAUGUGGGCAUAAAUAAACAUUAUAUAGACAUUUUGACUGACAGUUGACUCUGGACCAUUGAAUUAUUGAAAAUUAAUGCAAAUAAAUGCAGUUAUUCUUAAUAAAUCAAUGGUCUAUCAGCACUUGUUCCUCAUUAUGUUAUGUUAUGAAUAUAUCCUUUGAAUUUCAUAGUGAGCAAGCACUGGAGAACAACAUUGUUACUAGCUGCUGUAUAUAAAAGCCAAAUACCACUAAGCUAAACCAGUGAAAUACUAUGAAAAGAGCACAGUUUUGUAGAAUUUAUAUAUUAAAGUAUAUACCUUCUUUUCUUAAUGAAAAAUUUAUUUUUAUAUAAAUAAAUUAUUGAACAUCUGUGGUGCUAUUUCUUUUUUGGUUUAAAAUGUUUUACCCAUUUAGUAUCUCUCAUUCAAAUUUUUUCCCCAAAUUAUUUUUCUUAAGCAUGCUAAAUGAUCUAAAAAUGAAAAAACAAUUCAACCAUAAGUUGUGGAAAAAAAAGAUUUAUUUAAAAUGCAAACUGUAAAUACAAAUAAUUACUUGAAAAUCCUUCUGAUUCUCCCCAAUAUGGGGAGAUGAAAUACAUCAAAUCACUUUAAGAUGAAAAUUAAAAUAAUCUCCUCCACAAACACAUUUACAACUUAAAACAAAACAUAAUAGGGGAUUUGGGGCAAUAAAAAAAAAAGAAUUAAUACAUACCCAGUGUUUUCUCCCGCUUAAAAUCCAAAAAUCUCAAAACUAAAAUCGACCAUUUGGAGGAAUAAAUAAUUUGUUACAAAAGAGAUUCAAAACAUUACUAAGGAUUCAAGUGGAGUCUAUGUGUCCGUUAUUUGAUUCUGUACCAAUUCAAACAACCACAUUUAAUUUUGUAAAACCAUGACAUAAAUUGUCAUAAAUGGCAUUUCAAUUUGACAAAAGAAUUAUUGGACCUUUUUGGCAACUGAGUCAUGUUUCUGUCUAUUUCAGACUACAACAUUACACUUCUUUAUAAAUUAUAAACAUCUGGGUUAAGUUCAACCCUCAAACUGGGUGUUGUCUUCAAAUAAUCCCUAUUUCUGAGAAAUUCACUAAAAUUAAGUAUUAAUAUGCACAUGACAAAACAAAUACAAUAAUAUUGCACUUCCAUACAGAUCUCCUACACAUCCCACAGUUCCAGCUGCUUUCCCUUUCCAGGUGGCUCGCUGAAACAGGAGUUCCUCGAUGGGUGACUGCAGUUACUUCCUGUCUGAUCCGGCCACUUCAGCACCAUGAUGUACGGAGGCAUUUCUACACUGACUGUGGCACUCCAUAAACCCCCCCCCCC